UUCGAAUUUCGAACGGUUUUUGUCUUUGUCGUUAAUAAUUGUUGUCUAAAAUUUGUGUAUUUGCUGUUUCUGAAGUUACGAGCUUUGAGUUACGACCAAAAAUUAAUAGUUGUAGCUGUGUAUUAACCGACGUAACGUUUUUUACCUGGAGUUCUGGCAAUAGAACCAGAUAUUAAAAUGGAUAAUAAAGCUGUACACCAACCAAUGGUGACCGAUGAACCACAAAAUGAAGUUCAAAACUCAAACAUUCACCCAUUGUCUGAUCAUAUGAAUAUAAGUGUAGCGUUUAAGGAAAUAGUCUCCAAGGAUCCACCCAGGUAUACAAAAUUUAUCGAAGCUGUCAAUAAGACAUUUGAAGAAAUUAGUGAUUGUGUUGGUCCAGAAGAAUUUAAGAACAUAAUGGGUGAUAUAUCGUUUUUAAAAAGUAAAAGGAAUGUGACAAAUUUGUUGACUACAUUAAAAACUCAGAUCAAUAGCCUGAUGAGCAAGCAUUUUGAACAAAUUAUUGAGGAAGAAAAUCUAUCUGAACUAUUUACUAAAAAAAAUUCAUUAAAUGAGGAAGAAGCAAAAAAAUAUUACAUAGAUAACGAUUCUAUGGAAAUAAUAGAAUUAGAAGAGUCUUUGCAUCAACUUGAACUACAAAUUAUGGGUUUGGAAGAAACUAAUGAAGUAUUGUUCAAUCAAGGAAAGUUUAAUAAACAGCGGUUUGAUCAACUAUCAGAGAGGAUAACAAUGUUAAUAGACGAAUGUCAGACUAAAUACACUGAUUGUAUACAACAGACAGACUUAAUACGAGAAGAUUUCACCAACAUAUUGAAGGAUCCUUGAAUAUUGUAUAGUAUACACCUAUUUUUAAUUUAUGAUGUCACACUAGCGUUUAAGAAAUAUCAAAUUUUCAACUGACAACUUUCAUUGUGUUCAAUUGUAUUUAUCAUCUAAUUAUUUAAUUAUAAUGAUCAAUGGUUAAUAUUCUAAAUAUUGCUAGUAUACAUUUUAGUUUAAUAAUAACUGUAAGGUAAUUAGCUGUUAUUUUUAUUUUUAUGUUUUUCACAGCCGUACAACAAUUAUAAUAUUAAGUUGAAAAAAUAUGAAAACUUUCAUAAAUUGUUAAUUUAUUUUACUAUAAUAAUACAUAAUAUUAUAAUAAUAUAUUUUAAUAAUUUCUGAGUAAUCUUUGAAAAUAAAUUUUAACAUACAUGUACAUAAUACUUAAUUUCCAAACAACAAUUUAAUACAAUUUGAAAAUUAGAAAUAUAAUAUUUAAUGUUUACUUUAUCAAAAGGUUCAAAAAUCAAUAAUAAUGUCUAUGCAGUGUGUUUAAGGAUAUGUGAUUGGUAGAGAUUAAGCACUAGAAAAUAGAAAUUAACAGAAAAAUAAUGUUACAUUUUAAGUAAUACAUAACUUUUUUAUUUAUCACAAA